AUGUCCUCUAAAUCUUAUAUCGUCACUUUAAAAGAUACUGUCUCAGAAGCCAGCGUCAAUUCUUUCAAGCAAUCAGUUCAGGAGAUCGGGGGUAAAAUUGUUGAUGAAUUCACUUUGAUUAAGGGUUUCACCGUUGAGUUACCAGGUACAGUCCAGAUCCAAUCUUUGGAAGAAAAAAACAGCGAAACUAUCCAAACGGUAGAGGUCAAUGGCGAAGUCUCAAUUAAUUAG